UGAAACAGAGAGAGAAUUCUUUUUAUUUGGCGGCGGAAUAAAAAAGAAUUACAGAAGCAAAAAUAGUUGUAUAUCUAUGAAGCUUAAACCUCGUUCUCGGUCUUAAAAAGAAACAUCUGUGUCUUUCUUUCUCUCUGCCUCUCUGUUUUUUUCUCUAUCUACAGAGUUUUCUUUCCCUCUUAAGUAAGGAAAACGAUAUUUUUUAAAUUUCUAGGUUUAUAAGCUUUAAGUAGUUUCAGAGGAGGAAUAAAAUCAGAGGGGUUUUUUUAUGUGUACCAUAAAAGUGGCAAAUCAAGAAGGAAACGUUGGUAAGAAAGCCGAGCCUACCACUCGAGAAGAUGAUCAUGGGACGUUAUCAGACAUCGACCAAUGGCUAUACUUAUUCGCGGAAGACGACAACCUCCACCGUGAUAACGCUUUCACGCCUCCCUACUCCUCGUCUUCUCUUAUGACGAGCUAUAACAGUGAGAUGGAGAUGUCUGCAAUCGUCUCUGCUUUGACACAUGUAGUCGCUGGAAAUGUUACUACUCAUCAAUACGGUGACGGUAGCGGUGGCGGUGGAGAAGGGAAUUCGAAUUCCUCUUCCUCCUCCGUACAAAAAAGGAGGAGAGAGGUGGAGGAAGAUGGCGGUGGCGGGAAAGCAGUCGAGGCAGCUAAUACUUUGACGGUUGAUCAAUAUUUCUCCAGCGGCAGUUCUACUUCUAAAGUGAGAGAAGCUUCGAGCAACAUGUCAGGGGGUUCAGGUCCAACGUAUGAAUACACUACUACAGAAAAUGGUACUACCGAAACGUCGUCGUCUAGUGGGGACCAACCUCGAAGAAGAUACAGGGGUGUGAGACAAAGACCGUGGGGGAAAUGGGCGGCAGAGAUUCGAGAUCCGUUCAAAGCGGCUAGAGUUUGGCUCGGUACGUUCGACAAUGCUGAGUCAGCUGCAAGAGCUUACGACGAAGCUGCUCUUCGUUUUAGAGGCAACAAAGCCAAACUCAACUUCCCUGAAAACGUUAAACUCGUUCGACCCGCUGCAACACAAUCUGUGCCACAAACCGCUGUUCAGAGACCAACUCAUUUAAGGAACUCGGGUUCUACAAGUACCAUUUUGCCCAUAAGACCUGCUUCGGAGCAAAUCGUUCAUUCUCAGCUGUUAAUGCAACCGUACAGCAUGAGUUACUCAGAGAUGGCUCGUCAACAACAACAGUUUCAGCAUCAUCAUCAACAACAAUCUAUGGAUUUAUAUGAUCAAUUGUCAUUUUCGUUGCCUUUUGGUCACACCGGAGACUCAACAAUGCUAUCCACAUCAUCAUCGUCAUCUCAUUCUCGUCCUCUGUUUUCUCCAGCAGCAGUUCAACAACCGCCGGAAUCAGCUAGUGAAACCGGUUAUUUCAAGGAGUUAAAAUGGUCACAAGACAAGACAAACAAUAAUAACUAUAAUAAUAGUCCAUCCUCCUAAUGGAAUUGCUUCAUUUCUUAUUUUUCUUUUUACUAUAAAUAAGUUAGCGUUUAGGUUUUUAUGGCUUGCUUGCUUUAUUAUUUUUUUAUGGCUUUCUUAUUUGCAUGUUUGUUUUCAAUAUUUUAUCAUAUUUUGGGAUAAUAUUAAGUUGUAAAAAAUGAAAAAUAUAAUAGUGAGAAAACAACUAAAAGACGAAGAGUUUUGUUUACUUUU